AUGGAUGGCAAACCCGUUGGACGAUUAAAUCCGUCAGAGCCAUUGCAUAUGACAACACGCCGUGCCGCAGCGAAAGUCAAUGCAAAUACUUCCCCUUCCACGAAUGGCUCCGUCGGCGACGAUGAUGCUCGUCGAGCCUCACUUGACGAUGCUCGUCCAGUUGCCUCAUCGGGUCUUGGCAACCCUGGCAGACGAAACCCUGGCGAGUUAAUGAACGGAAUCUCCGACAUCAACACGUCUUUCGGAGCACAUCGAUCUGUAGACCGUCCAUCUGGCAAAGUCAAAUCCAAACCCGUCUCAUCGCCGUCGAAACAAGCCAAGAUGCACGAAUCGCCUUCGCCAACAAGAAAGCGUAAGCGAUCAACGCCGCCCACGCCAGAACGAAUUCCUUACGGCCUGGAAUAUGCCUUUCCACACAUGCGCGAAACGAAUCUGGAUGCCUACUUGGAUGACGACAAGGAUCGUGUCGUUGUCGUCCCACCGGAGCUUUUGUCGGAUCGCGAAUCAGAAGACGACAGCUCGGAUGAGCACGAAAUUGAAGAUUAUCUGGCUGCGACACAAUCGACUGAGAUCACUCCAGCAGCUACACCCGCUGCAUCGGAACCUGUCUCACCAGUCUCCGAUGAAUCACAGCCAACACCUCUAUAUCCAUCCAAGCAUGUUGACGUUAUUAUGGCCGACGCCGAUCAAAUGCUGGAAGGCGAGGAAGCAGACGGCGGCGAUGAGCUUGCAGACGCCGAUGACGGCCUCGAUGAAGAUGAGGUUGAGGUGGAAGAUGAAGACGGCCAAAGUCACGUUGGGCGCAAGAAGCGGCCUUAUGGUCGACGACGAGCGGAACAUCCCGUCCCUGAAGUCGAAGCACGAAUGCGGCGUCAACAGCAGCUCAAACAAGCAUAUCGCUACAUCAGUCGUGCCUUGAAGCCGAUUCUCGCAGAGAUUGCGGACAAGACCGUCGAGGAGCUGGAGACCAAACCGACCGUGCAUGAAGAGGUUCCCGAAUAUUGUGGAAACGAAGAAGAGGAAGGCGUGCAGCAACUACUCGACCAGUAUCUGACGAGGAGGAAAGCGCAACUGGAGGCCCAGCGGGACUUCUGCCAAGCACAGCUGCGCAGGACUUUGGAUGGGGAGAGGCAAGUCCGAAAAGCAAGGUGCGAGAACGACAUUGAGAAUCGUCGGGAGCAUCAAGUCGACACGCUACAUCAUGAUUUCCUUCUGAUUGCACGCCAAGCUCAACUGGAUGCCGGCAACGCUUCGUACGAGACAGAAGACGAGGACGAAGAUGUCAUACCGAAAUUGAAAGGCAUGGCCUAUCGCUGGAAGAGGAAGGCUGCACUGGAUCCUGCGUACGAUUCAAGAAGUCGACUCGCAAUGGAAUCCGAAAAUGCGAUACUCGACCUUCAACGUCGUCUUGACAUGCACAACAUGCUUAAAAAUCUGGACGAUGACGAGAAGACAGAAGAUGCUGCUGAGGGGUUCACAGUUAUGGAAAGUACACCUCGUGAAGCAGCUCUGGCUAGGCGUCAGAAUCUCUUAAAUACCUCCAUUCUUGCUGAAGCCGCUGCCUCUGUCGAGCGAGAAGUCCCGGUCAUUCCCAACGAACAAGCUCUUGGUUUGCAACUCCUCGGAGAUCUUGCUUCGCGACCUUCGAUCAGGGCCACUGCACCUCCACCACCGUUUGCACCAUUUGGACCCCAGCUGUUGAGACAACCACUCGCUGGGCCGCCAAUACCUGCUCAGAUGCCACCGCCUCCACCUCUACGUCCACCGAUUAGCUUUGAUCGCGAGGCAGAUGAAGGUCCCAUCAGAGCGACCAUGUCUCCUAGGACUGAGAGAUUCGUCAAUGAGCGUGGUGGGCUUCCUUUUCUGCUGCAGUCACCUCUCCGACAGCAAAGCAUGGCGGAGUCGCGGCCGAGCGAGCCACCCUUGCCAUCCCCUUCACGCUCUAGCCGUGGUAGCACAGCCCAACCGGUCCCGCUGCAAGCACUUGUCUCCGAGAGCCGUAACCACCCGCUGCUCGCCUCGCCACAGCAUCAGAGACACACGUCGACCGACUCCUUCGACCGGUCUUUCGCUGCACGCGACCGAUCAGAGUCGUCCGUACCCGGGGCGUCUGACAGAGAAGAUUCCUCCUGGGAGAAGUAUAGACGUCCACUUACGGCAGGCUCUCACUCAAGAACUCCAUCAUAUCAGGAUCGCGCCGUUCAUGAAUUCUCUCACGGAGGCCCGCUGAGCAUUGAGCGCAUCGCUACUCAGCCUGAAGAGAGUCCUGUACCUCGGGCAUCGACUCCGCCUCAUCAACCUGCUCUGGCAUCUCAGGGCCAACUUGAAGCGUUUCCGCAGCCCUCGCCGCUUGGUGCUUUGGAGCUAGCUUUACAAGCCUCUCCGGUGCCUGCCGCUGUUACGACCUCCGUAAUGUCGACACCCGUGCGCACAGCGGAAGAGAAUCACCCGGCACAAGGAUUCACGAGAGACGAAUCACCUACGCAUCCUCCCCAUCCUCCAAAGACUUUACCGAAGUGGGAUCCACCAAGCAGCGAAGGCGCAGCGGACUCUCGAUCACAGGACGAAGGCCAGGCUUCAGAGGAGCCCAAACGAGACCUGAGUCUAGAAGUACCCACCAAGAAGUCUCGAUCGAGAGCUUCAUCUCUUGGACAGUCUACCAACACAGAUGUCAGUGGCAGCCAGGAUGGAAGCAAUGCCGACAGUGCUGGGGCUCGACGGCCGCAAAGAGACAGCUCGAAGGGUCGUGAGAAGUUCAAACCCAACAAAUCUGAUCGCCAUGGCCUAAGCAGAAAGCAACACAAGGAGAGGAGGAAAGGCGCGAGUCACACUACGUCUUUGGAUGGUGGCCAGAUGCUUCGUUUCCGGCUCAAUACCAGCGAGCCCACCAAAAGUCCUGCCUUCACGAGUGGACCUCCUACUGGAACACCGCACACCACCCAUCCUGGCUUGACCCCCUACCCACCUUUGCCUGCCUACAACGAGCCCCAGCACCAACCCUUUCCUCAACCAGGACCGCCACCGCCACCUCCAUCACCACGCUAUGGCUACGACCACAGUCAAUACUAUGGUGGUCAUCGCAACAGCUUGCCAGGACCUACAGGUGUCCCAGCUCCACCGUGGCCACCGCAUCCGCCUAGUCCUGCUUAUGGGUUGCCGCAUGGCCUACCACAACAUCCUCCCCCUCAUCCGCAUCCAGGGUGGUCUGGCUCUCCAUCGAAUGGUUUAGGACCUCCGCCUCCAGGACUAGGACCACAGCCGCCCGCAGUUGCCUCCCAUUCACGGUAUCAAGGACCCGCCAUCGCGCCAGCCACUCCAGACUCACGAACCUUGGGCUACGGCGGCACACGUUCAGCUGGUGGGAAUCACCCUCCCGCUUUUGCUCAGCAGCUGCGGAAUAACGAGAGCAGUGGCAGUCGACGGAGGACUCAGUCGGAUGUUCGAGGAACGAAAUUUCAUCACUACCCCGGACCUCGUCAUAAGGAUUCAGCAUAG